AUGUCCAGAGCCGGGGCUGGUUNAUGUGAUGAGAAGUAUGGUUUCAUUGUAAUGGAUGGAAACGGCACUCUCUUUGGAACUCUUAGCGGUAACACACGUGAGGUGCUUUACAAGUUCUCUGUUGAGCUUCCGAAUAAACACGGAAGGGGAGGACAGUCAGCUCUUCGUUUUGAUCGUCUUCGUACUGAGAAGCGUCGCAAUUACUUGAGGAAAACUGCUGAGCUCGCCACAAGACUAUACAUCUGUCCUUCGACAAGUCAGCCUAAUGUGUCCGGGAUGAUAAUUUCCGGUUUAGGGGAUCUCAAGACUGAAUUGAGUCACUCAGAUAUGCUUGACCCCCGGCUUACGGCAAAGAUACUGAAUGUGGUGGGUGUAUCACAUGGAGGAGAACGUGGUUUCAAUGAGGCUAUUGAGCUGUCAUCUGAAGUCUUGGCGAAUUCAGCUCUUCGUUUUGAUCGUCUUCGUACUGAGAAGCGUCGCAAUUACUUGAGGAAAACUGCUGAGCUCGCCACAAGACUAUACAUCUGUCCUUCGACAAGUCAGCCUAAUGUGUCCGGGAUGAUAAUUGCCGGUUUAGGGGAUCUCAAGACUGAAUUGAGUCACUCAGAUAUGCUUGACCCCCGGCUUACGGCAAAGAUACUGAAUGUGGUGGGUGUAUCACAUGGAGGAGAACGUGGUUUCAAUGAGGCUAUUGAGCUGUCAUCUGAAGUCUUGGCGAAUGUGAAGUUCAUUCAAGAGAAGCGUUUGAUAGGGAAGUUCUUUAAGGAGGUAGACCAGGACACGGGGAAGUAUGUGGUUGGCUUGGAUGAUACGUUGAACGCUUUGGAUUCGGGUGCUGUCGAGACACUUAUUGUAUGGGAGAAUCUUGAUAUCAACAGAUAUGUGAUGAGGAACAGUGAAACCGGUGAAACUGUGAUAAGAUUCUUGAACAAGGAACAAGAAGGCAAGACAGAGAAUUUCAAAGUAGGCAACACCAAACUGGACGUGGAUGAGAAUAUGUCGUUACUGGAAUGGCUGGCUAAUGAAUACACGAGUUUUGGUUGUGCGCUAGAGUUUGUGACAAACCAAUCAGAGGAAGGGUCUAAGUUUUGCAAAGGGUAUGGAGGGAUUGGAGCGAUACUUCGUUACCAGCUUGACUUGAGUGCCUUUGAUCCUGAGGAUGGAGAGGUUAUUGAUGACAAUGAUGAUGUUUCUGAUUAGCCAUUAAUCAAAUCCUCAACCUUACCGGUUCAGGAAGAUGGAGCAGCACCACCAGCUCCAAGCCUGAACCAGCCUGCGCGGGCUCUCGGGGUCACCAGGCAGAAGAUAGUUCGAAAGUCAUCAAAGAAGCAUUUAUCUCCAAAGAUAAGGGAUCUCUUCAUUUAAAGCUGAGUUUCUUUUUUUUCUGAACUCUUUGUUUACACUCUGAAUUGGUGUGUGUUAAAACUUGAAACAGGUGAAGAAUGAAGAAACAGGUGGAAAUUAAACUGGUCUCGGCUACAACUCACCGAAUCACCUUUGGUAGCUAGCGUUCAUGUCGUUCUACAAUAUCUAUGGAGUUUUUUUUAUCUUUCCUUUUUGGGUUUUUUCUUUUCUUAAAAAAGUUACUUUGAGUCAGAAUGGUAAUGCUAUGUCAGAGAAGAAACCCUUAGUGAUUUGGGUUUUUAUUUCUCUCCAUUGCAUAUGGAUGUUGUUUUGUGUUGGUGGUUAAGUUGAACGACCAAUAGCUUUC